CUCCUGUGACAGAGUGGGCCCAUGCCAUGUUGAGGAGACAGAGAACUGACUCUUUUCUAACUGUUUUGCUGUGGCUUCUCUUCUUCAUCGCCAUGACAAUGAAACAGGCUGAUGGAGAAUCCAUUUGCAGUCAAGAAAUUCCCAAAAUCGUGCAAAAAUGUAUUGAGGAAGUUCACAAGAUGGUAUCAAGAUGUUUUCCAUUUUUUUUCCAUUUUCUUUCAUAUUACCUCAUGAAAUAUACACUGUGUACUAAACAUUAGGAACACCUUAUUGAGUUGCACCCCCUUUUGCCCUCAGAACAGCCUCAAUUCGUCGGGGCAUGGACUCUUACUUACUUACUUUAUUGUCCCCAUGGGGAAAUUUUGUUGCAGUGUCAUGUACACAUUUAAAGUGGCGUUAAAUACAAAACAAGAUUGACAAUACAACUUUCAAUAACAGUCACGCACCAAUAAAAGUAAGAAAUAAGAAAUAAAACAUUUAAAACAUUUAAAACAAAGACUAGCCUGCUGGCCUUACGGGGUCAAUGGGAACAUUUGCCCGAGCUAUUUAAGAGGGAUAUCACACCUGGCACAAAUUAUUGUCUCGUUCUAUUUUUCCUGCUGAGGGGUGCCCUAUACCUACGCCCAGAGGGGAGUAAUUCAAAGUCCAGGUACAGGGGGUGACUUGGGUCUAAAAUGAUUUUGUGAGCCUUACGGAGGGCCCUGACCUUAAAGAUCUCAUCCAGGCCUGUCUGUUUGACUCCAAGUACCUUACUUGCUGUGGUAAUAAUCCUUCUCAGCAUGUUUCUCUGACUGACAGUGGCAUUGCCAAACCAACAAACAAUACAAAAAGUUAAAAUACUCUCAAUAAAGGAUUUGUAAAACAGAGUCUAUAUAGUACAGUCUAUAUUAAAAGAACCCAACUUUUUUAGAAAGUACAGUCUCUGUUGGCUCUUUUUGUAGAUCUGGUCUGUACAUUUACUCCACUGAAGCUUACUGUCCAAAAAGACACCCAGAUAUUUAUAUUCCUCUACAAUUUCUAUAUUCUGGCCUCUGAUAGAUGUUGCAGAGGUAGGUGUUGUACGCUUCCUGAAGUCUAUGCACAUCUCUUUGGUCUUGUUAGUAUUGAGGACCAAGUGUGAUUCCUCACACCACUCUACAAAGUCAUCUAGGACCGGGCCAUGAUGUUCCUCGUCAUCAUGCAACAGGCUGAUCAAGGCAGUGUCAUCAGCGAACUUAACGAGGUGUCUGUCAGUAUGGGAACUAGUACAACUAUUAGUGUACAAGAUGUACAGAAGUGGGGACAAAACACAUCCCUGAGGAGAGCCUGUGUUGGUAUUGCGUAUAUCCGACACAUGGGGACCUAUUUUGACUCGCUGUGAGCGUUGGCUCAGGAAGUCCAACAGCCACAAAACCAGCCCCCCAUCUAAGGAAAAAAAAAACAGCCCCCCAUCUACAAGGUGUCGAAAGCGUUUCACAGGGAUGCUGGCCCAUGUUGACUCCAAUGCUUCCCACAGUUGUGCCAAGUUGGCUGGAUGUCCUUUGGGUGGUGGCCCAUUCUUGAUACACAUGGGAAACUGUUGAGCAUGAAAAACUAAGUUUUGACACACUCAAACCGGUGCGCCUGACAUCUACUACCAUGAUUGAAGCGGAUUUAACAAGUGACAUCAAUAACGGAUCAUAGCUUUCACCUGGAUUCACAUGGUCAGUCUAUGUCAUGGAAAGAACAGGUGUUCCUAAUGUUAUGUACACUCAGUGUAUGAUGUAAUACAAUCAACAUCCAUCUGUUUCAGCACACAGUUUCAAUACUUUUUGACUGUUUGUUUUUAUGUUUACAUUAUCUGUGUUGUAGACUAUAUUAUUUUCUCUCUUACCAGGAAUCAUUUGAUUGCAGACUUUACACCCCAACUUUAGCUGAUUAUCAGGUAUGUGGUUUCUUUUUGUUUUAUUUCUGCAAACCUAAUAAAGUCGCUAGUGAAAGUCUACAUACCCCUUGCACAGUCUUCACAUUAUACUGCCUUAAAAUUAAAUCUAAAAAUGUAUUUUUCCUACCGAUCUAAACAACCUACUAUAUAUUUACAGGAAAUGUUCCAAAUUAAUAUGAAAUUAAUGAAAAUGUAUUGAUUGCAUAUGUCUUCAUAUCCCAGAGUUAAUAAUUGGUGGAACACCUUUGUCAGCCAUUACGGCUGUGAAUAAUUUUGAAUAAGAUUCUACCAACCUUGCACAACUCUUAGGGCAACAUAUAUCCAUUGUUUUUGUCAGAAUUACUCAAGCAAAUUUGGUUGGGAAUUGUUGAUGGACAGCAGUUUUCAAACCUUUUCACAAAUUUUCAUGAAUAUUUAAGUCAGGACUGAGACUAAACCAUUCAGAAACAAUCAACACCUACUGGAAAGUCAUUCUGGUGUAUCUUUGGCAUACAAAUGUGUGUAAUUGUGUAAUACUCCCCAGUCCCUGCUGGGAUGCUGCCACCAAAAUACUUGAAAAUACAGAGGAUCAACAAUAUUGCAGUCACUUAACAUUACUGGCCUGUAUGACAAAGUGAAAAGAAGGAAGCCUGUGUUAAAAAAAUACACUCCAAAUCAUCCAUUCUGUUUGCAACAAGGCCGUAAGGUAAUACUGCAAGACAACACAGAAAAUAACUUUGGCCUGAGUUAAAAACUACAGGUUUGGGUCAAAUCCAAUACAACACAACAAAUUGUGAAACCUUAGUAUUGUAAAGUAUUGUGGUGGCAGCAUCAUGUUAUUGGCAGGGAGAGUAUGUCAGGAUCAAAAUAAAUAUGAAAGGAGCAAAGCCCAGGUAAAAAGUUACGGGAAAACCCGCCUCAGACUUCUGAAUACCUAACCCUGGGAUAGUUUUAUUUUUCAGUGGGACAAUUACACACCUUCUAAUGCCAAAGACACACCAGAAGGGCUUUCCAAGAGGUGUUGAGUGUUCCUGAGUGGUCCAGUCUCAGUCCUGACUUAAAUUUGCUUGAAAAAGGUUUGAAUAUUAAGAGUCCAUCAAUGAUUCCCAACCAAAUUUAGUGAGCUUGAGCAAUUUUGUAUUAAAAGAAAAAGCCAUACCUCAGACUGGCCAAUAAAAAUAAAAGAUUAAGAUGUGCAGUCUGAGAUAUGGCUUUUUCUUUGCAACUCUGCCUAGAAGGUCAGCAUCCCGGAGUCGCCUCUUCACUGUUGACGUUGAGACUGGUGUUUUGCGGGUACUAUUUAAUGAAGCUGCCAGUUGAGGACCUGUGAGGCACCUGUUUCUCGAACUAGACACUCUAAUGUAUUUGUCCUCUUGCUCAGUUGUGCACCGGGGCCUCCCACUCCUCUUUCUAUUCUGGUUAGAGACAGUUUGCGUUGUUCUGUGAAGGGAAUACUACACAGCGUUGUACGAGAUCUUCAGUUUCUUGGCAAUUUCUCGCACAGAAUAGCCUUCAUUUCUCAGAACAAGAAUAGACUGACGAGUUUCAGAAGAAAGUUAUUUGUUUCUGUAUGAAAAUAAAAUAAAAUAAAAAAAUAAAAUGUAUGCACUCACUAACUGUAAGUCGCUCUGGAUAAGAGCGUCUGCUAAAUUACUAAAAUGUAAAAUGUUUCUGGACAUUUUGAGCCUGUAAUUGAACCCACAAUUGCUGAUGCUACAGAUACUAAACUAGUCUCAAGAAGGCCGGUUUUAUUGCUUCUUUAAUCAGCACAACAGUUUUCAUCUGCGCCAACAUAAUUGCAAAAGGGUUUUCUAAUGAUCAAUUAGCCUUUUAAAAUGAUAAACUUGGAUUAGCAAACACAACGUGCCAUUGGAACACAGGACUGAUGGUUGCUGAUAAUGGGCCUCUGUACGCCUAUGUAGAUAUUCCAUUAAAAAUCAGCCGUUUCCAGCUACAAUAGCCAUUUACAACAUGAACAAUGUCUACACUGUAUUUCUGAUCAAUUUGAUGUUAUUUUAAUGGACAACAUUUUUUAUUUUAUUUCGAAAACAAUAACAUUUAAGUGACCCCAAACUUUUGAACGGUAGUGUAUAAUAAAUGACACUAAUUGCGCUGAAGGUUAGACAGUUAGACACAAUAUUGAAUUAUAAUUGUUGGAAUUUAUCAUCCUAGUUUAGUUAACUGAUCUGUUUUGAGGCUUCCAUGCUCAGACCUGAUUAUUUAUUAUUUUCAUUUACAGUGCAUUCGGAAAGUAUCCAGACAUCUUCCCUUUUUCCACAUUUUGUUACGUUACUGCCUUAUUCUAAAAUUUAUUAAAUUAAAUGUUUUCCUCAUCAAUCUACACACAAUACCCCAUAAUGACAAAGUGAAAACAGGUUUUUAUAAAUUUUUGCAAAUUUAUAAAACAGAAAUACCUUUUUUACAUAAGUAUUCAGACCUUUUGCUAUGAGAAUUGAAAUUGAGCUCAGGUGCAUCCUGUUUCCAUUGAUCAUCCUUGAGAUGUUUAUACAACUUGAUUGGAGUCCAUCUGUGGUAAAUUCAAAUGAUUGGACAUGAUUUGGAAAGGCACACACCUGUCUAUAUAAGGUCCCACAGUUGACAGUGCAUGUCAGAGCUAAAACCAAGCCAUGAGGUUGAAGGAAUUGUCCAUAGAGCUCCAAGAAAGGAUUGUUGUGUCAAGGCACAGAUCUGGGGAAGGGUAACAAAAAAUGUCUGCAGCAUUGAAGGUCCCCAAGAACACAGUGGCCUCCAUCAUUCUUAAAUGAAAUAAGUUUGGAACCACCAAGACUCUUCUUAGAGCUGGCCGCCCAGCCAAACUGAGCAAUGGAGUUUGCCAAAAGGCACCUAAAGGACUCUCAGACCAUGAGAAACAAGAUUCUCUGGUCUGAUGAAACCAAGAUUGAACUCUUUAGCCUGAAUGCCAAACGUCACGUCUGGAGGAAACCUGGCACCAUCCCUACGGUGACGCUUGGGGGUGGCAGCAUCAUGCUGUGAGGAUGUUUUUCAGCAACAGGGACUGGGAGACUAGUCAGGAUCGAGGGAAAGAUGAACGGAGCAAAGUACAGAGAGAUCCUUGAUGAAAACCUGCUCCAGAGCGCUCAGGACCUGGGACGAAGGUUCACCUUCCUACAGGACAACGACCCUAAGCACACAGCCAAGACAACGCAGGAGAGGCUUCGGGACAAGUCUCUGAAUGUCCUUGAGUGGCCCAGCCAGAGCCCGGACUUGAUCUAACAUCUCUGGAGAGACCAGAAAAAAGCUGUGCAGCGACGCUCCCCAUCCAACAUGACAGAGCUUGAGAGGACCUGCAGAGAAGAAUGGGAGAAACUACCCAAAUACAGGUGGGCUAAGCUUGUAGCGUCAUACCCAAGAAGACUCGAGGCUGUAAUCACUGCCAAAGGUGCUUCAACAAAGUACUGAGUAAAGGGUCUGAAUAUUUAUGUAAAUGAGAUAUUUCAGUUUAUUUUAUUUGAUAAAUGUGCAAAAAUGUCUUAAAACCUGUUUUUGCUUUGUCAUUAUGGGGUAUUGUGUGUAGAUUGAUGAGGGGGGAAAAACUAUUUAAUCCAAUUUAGAAUAAGGCUGUAACUGUCACGCUCUGGCUCCGGGACUGUGUAUUUGAGCCAGGGUGUGUUUAUUUGGUUGUUUGGUUUUGGUUGUGUUAUGUUCUAGGUUGUCUAUGUCUGCUUGUAUUGAGUGACUCCCAAUCGGAGGUAACGAGUGUCAGCUGUCGGCUCAUUAUCUCUGAUUGGGAGCCAUAUUUAAACUGUGUGUUUUCAUCUUGUGGUUGUGGGUUUUUGUUCCAUGUUCAGUCAUUGUCACUGUGGACUUCACUAUCGUCAUUUGUUUUGUUGUUGUCGUGGUUGCUUUAAUUAAAUAAAGUCAACAUGUUCGCUAAACACGCUGCGCCUUGGUCCGCUUCCUUAGACGAUCGUGACAGAAAAACCCACCGUACCAGGACCAAGCAGCGUGUCCAGGAGCCAAGGGUCUGGACAUGGGAGGUGAUUUUGGAUGGUAAAGGGUCUUGGACUUGGGAGGAGAUCCUGGAUGAGAUGGAUCGCUGGCCAUGGAGUAAAACAGUGGAGAGGCGACUGAGAGAGGAGCAACGGCGUCAGCAGGGCCAUCGUCGGAAGGACGAGAGGCAACCCCAAAAGGUUUUUUGGGGGGGGCACAUGGCUUGGGCGGCUGGGCAGCAGGAGGCUGCCACAGGGAGACGUGGAGAGAAGGCUACCGGAUUACGGGAGCCAUUGGCGAGUAGAGGGAGGGAAGUAGUUGAGGCACGGCGUAAGAGACUGAGGUGUGUUACCAGUCCGGUCCGGCCCGUUCCUGAUCCCCGGUUAAGGCCAGUGGUGUGUGUUCCCAGUACGGACCGGCCUGUUCCUACUCCACGCAUCAAGCCCACGGUGUGCGUCGCCAGCCCAGCCCGGCCUGUUCCUGCUCCACGUACGAAGCCUACGGUGUGCGUCGCCAGCCCAGCCCGGCCUGUUCCUGUUCCACGCACCAAGCCUACGGGGUGCGUCGCCAGCCCAGCCCGGCCUGUUCCUGCUCCACGUACGAAGCCUACGGUGUGCGUCGCCAGCCCAGCCCGGCCUGUUCCUGCUCCACGCACCAAGCCUACGGGGUGCGUCGCCAGCCCAGCCCGGCCUGUUCCUGCUCCACGUACGAAGCCUACGGUGUGCGUCGUCAGCCCAGGCCGGCCUGUUCCUGCUCCACGUACUAAACCUACGGUGUGCGUCGCCAGCCCAGCCCGGCCUGUCCCUGCCACUCGCACCAAACCUACGGUGCGCGUCGCCAGCCCGGCCCGGCCUGUUCCUGCCACUCGCACCAAACCUACGGUGCGCGUCGCCAGCCCGGCCCGGCCUGUUCCCGCCACUCGCACCAAACCUACGGUGCGCGUCGCCAGCCCGGCCCGGCCUGUUCCCGCCACUCGCACCAAACCUACGGUGCGCGUCGCCAGCCCGGCCCGGCCUGUUCCUGCCACUCGCACCAAGCCAAGGGUGCGAGUCGUCAGCCUGGUCCAGCCCGUUCCUGCUACUCGCACCAAGCCAAGGGUGCGAGUCGUCAGCCUGGUCCAGCCCGUUCCUGCUACUCGCACCAAGCCAGGGGUACGAGUCGUCGGCCUGGUCCAGCCCGUUCCUGCUACUCGCACCAAGCCAAGGGUGCGAGUCGUCAGCCUGGUUCAGCCCGUUCCUGCUACUCGCACCAAGCCAAGGGUGCGAGCCGUCAGCCUGAUCCAGCCCAUUCCGGCUACUCGCACCAAGCCAGGGAUGCGAGUCGUCAGCCUGGUGAGGCCCGUUCCGGCUCCACGCAUCAAGCCUAGGGUGCGUAUCGUCAGCCAGGUCCGGUCCGUUCCGGCCUCACGCGCCAAGCCAGGGGUGCGCGUCGUCGGAGGUCCUGAUCCAGCAAGCUGGGUCAGAUCGGACCGGGGGCACUACGGGGGGAGUGAAGUGGGGUGGUGGUCAAGCCCGGAGCCGGAGCCGCCUCCGAGGAGCAACACCCACCCAGCCCUCCCCUAUUUUGGGGUGUAGGCGCGGUCGGAGUCCGCGCCUUUAGGGGGGGGUACUGUCACGCUCUGGCUCCGGUACUGUGUAUUUGAGCCAGGGUGUGUUUAUUUGGUUGUUUGGUUUUGGUUGUGUUAUGUUCUAGGUUGUCUAUGUCUAUGCUUGUAUUGAGUGACUCCCAAUCGGAGGUAACGAGUGUCAGCUGUCGGCUCGUUAUCUCUGAUUGGGAGCCAUAUUUAAACUGUGUGUUUUCAUCUUGUGGUUGUGGGUUUUUGUUCCAUGUUCAGUCAUUGUCACUGUGGACUUCACUAUCGUCAUUUGUUUUGUUGUUGUCGUGGUUGCUUUAAUUAAAUAAAGUCAACAUGUUCGCUAAACACGCUGCGCCUUGGUCCGCUUCCUUAGACGAUCGUGACAGUAACGUAACAAAAUGUGGAAAAAGUGAAGGGGUCUGAAUACUUUCCGAAUGCAUUGUAUAUAAUGGGCUUAUAACUCAAAGCAUUUUACAUUACAUGAAGGUAACUCUCUUCUCUCACCACCAAAGAAAGAUACAUAUUUGGAUCUGUUAAAUCUGGUCUGGAGUCUCUCAUCGCUACAAAACCCUCUUGACCCCCACCGUGUUGUAUGACUUUCUUCCAGAUGUUUUACAUCCAUUGUUUGAGUUUCAUAUUAUCCCCUCCUCUCUUCAGCAGAAAUGCCCCAUGUCCACACUCAAAUGCUUUGAAGCAGAAGUGUAUGUCCUGGUGUUAGAGUCUGGGAGUAAGUUCUUACGCAAGACACAACUAACCAAACGACUGAAUGGCUUGAGAUCCUUGAUAAAACAGGUAAGCCAAUCAGUGUGAGGGAGACACAGGCCAGCUGCAUUUGAGGUGCAUUGGGAUGUUUUUGAUUCUACCUUGUCCUUUGGCUGUCUGAGUAUAGUUUAAUUCCAGCUAUAGAGCAUAUAGUUGUCUAGGUGAAAAUGAUGGCGAAUAGUCGGAAUAGCUGAUUUGGACUCCCAUGUUACUGUUUGCUUAUACUAUUGUUAUUCUCAGACAGUUCUCACACAUUUAUUUAACAUUUUCUAUCUGUGUUUAUAAGAGAAACGUAAGCCUCAUGUCACCAUUGACUAAUAGCGUGUUUAUUUUAAGAUACAAACCAUCUCAAUGGAAUAGUUUAAAAAUUCCAGCGCUACUAAGGCUGCGGUUACACAGGCAGCCCAAUUCUGAUCUUUUGCCCAUUAUUGGCAAAAGAGCUGGUCUGAUUGUUCAAAAGACCAAUUAGCACUGGGAUUCAAACUGGCAACCCUCUGGUUGCUGGCCCCCUUCUCUAAUAUAUACAGUGUAUUCAGAAAGUAUUCAGACCCCUUCCCUUUUUCCGCAUUCUUUUUACGUUACAGCCUUAUUCUAAAAUGGAUUAAAUAAAUAAAAAUCAUCAUCAAUCUACACACAAUACCCCAUAAUGACAUAGUGAAAACAGGUUUGUAGAAUUUUUGCAAAUGUAUUAAAAAUAAAAACAGAAGUAUUCCGACCCUUUGCUAUGUGACUCAAAAUUGAGCUCAGGUGCAUCCUGUUUCCAUUGAAUAUCCUUGAGAUGUUUCUACAACUUGAUUGGAGUCCAUCUGGGGUAAAUUCAAUUGAUUGGACAUGAUUUGGAAAGGCACACGCCUGUCUAUAUAAGCUCACAUAGUUGACAGUGCAUGUCAGAGCAAAAACCAAGCCAUGAGGUUGAAGGAAUUGUCCGUAGAGCUCUGAGACAGGAUUGUGUCGAGGCACAGAUCUGGGGAAGCGUACCAAAAAAUGUCUGCAGCAUUGAACAUCCCCAAGAACACAGUGGCCUCCAUCAUUCUUAAAUGGAAGAAGUUUACAACCACCAAGACUCUUCCUAGAGCUGGCCGCUCAGUCAAACUGAGCAAUCGGAGGAGAAAGGCCUUGGUCAGGGAGGUGACCAAGAACCCAAUGGUCACUCUGACAGAGCUCCAGAGUUCCUCUGUGGAGAUGGGAGAACCUUCCAGAAGGACAGUCAUCUCUGCAGCACUCUACCAAUCAGGCCUUUAUGGUAGAGUGGCCAGACGAAAGCCACUCCUCAGUAAAAGGCACAUGACAGUCCGCUUGGAGUUUGCCAAAAGGCAUCUAAAGGACUCUCAGACCAUGAGAAACAAGAUUCUCUGGUCUGAUGAAACCAAGAUUGAACUCUUUGGCCUAAAUGCCAAGCGUCACGUCUGGAGGAAACCUGGCACCAUCCCUACGGUAAAGCAUGGUGGUGGCAGCAUUAUGCUGUGGCAAUGUUUUUCAGCAGCAGGGACUAGGAGACUGAUGGAAAGAUGAACGGAGCAAAGUACAGAGAGAUCCUUGUUGAAAACCUGCUCCAGAGCCCUCAGGACCUCAGACUGGGUCGAAGGUUCACCUUCCAACAGGAUAGCAACAAUAAGCACACAGCCAAGACAACGAAGGAGAGGCUUCGGGACAAGUCUCUGAAUGUCCUUGAGUGGCCCAGCCAGAGCCCGGACUUGAACCCGAUCGAACAUCUCUGGUGAGACCUGAAAAUAGGUGUGCAGCGACGCUCCCCAUCCAAUCUGACAGAGCUUGAGAGGAUCUGCAGAGAAGAAUGGGAGAAAGUCCCCAAAUACAGGUGUGCCAAGCUUGUAGCAUCAUUAAAAAAAAAUUUCUUAUCUUUAUUUAACUAGGCAAGUCAGUUAAGAACAAAUUCUUAUUUACAAUGACGGCCUACACCGGCCAAACCCGGACGACGCUGGGCCAAUUGUGCACCGCUUUAUGGGACUCCCAAUCACGGCCGGUUGUGAUACAGCCUGGAAUCGAACCAGGUGGUUUGUAGUGACGCCUCAAGCACUGAGAUGCAGUGCCUUAGACCGCUGCGCUACUCGGGAGUCAUACCCAAGAAGACUUGAGGCUGUAAUCGCUGCCAAAGGUGCUUCAACAAAGUACUGAGUAAAAGGUCUGAAUACUUAUGUAAAUGAGAUAUUUCAGUUUUUUAUAUUUCAUAAAUUUGCAAAAAUGUCUUAAAACCUGUUUUUGCUUUGUCAUUAUGGAGUAUUGUGUGUAGAUUGAUGAGGGGGAAAAAACAAUUGAAUCCAUUUUAGAAUAAGGCUGUAACGUAACAAAAUGUUGAAAAAGUCAAGGGGUCUGAAUACUUUCCGAAUGCACUGUAUACUAAUCAACUGAAAUUCCAAACUUUGAAAAAGCAUAUAUCCUUCCCCGUUUUAUCUACAGUCAUUCGAUUUUCAAUGAGAUUUUCCGCAAAUUAGACUUUUUGUCCCCCACGAUUGAUUUUUUAAAUAAAAUGCUGCUACUCUUCCUUCCUAUAUGAUUUGAUGACACUACAUAACCACCUGUUCUUUUGUCACAAAACUUUGUGCAAUGAUAGAAGGUCACUCCAAGGUCACUCCGAUUGACAACAUGGUGGCUUAAACGUGGCUAUGGCGUGCUUGGCCCCCGGAAUUGCUGCUUGUAGCUAUAUUUUUUGAUAACUGAUAUUCAGAUAUAGACCAAACAAGUAAAGCAUAACACAACUUCGCAAGUGCUUUGACGACCUAUCUGCCUGUUCACUUAUUUUCAUUGUUGACUCAAGUAUGAAAUUGGAAACCUUGGUUAAUGGUUAAAAAGACUGACAGAAAAUGUAAUGGCUGGCGUUAGGCAAAUUAACAUAAAUGUGCCUGCAUUAGAUAUUCUCAACAUAGUUUUUUUUUGCGAGUAAUUUAAGGUGAGUACUCAAACAGUGAAAUAAUUUUAAAUGCCCUUACAUGCCUACUGUAGAGACCAUUUGCAAAGUGUAAAUGAUAGACACUGGUGGAGCGAUGUGAAUAUUUAACUGUCAAUUCAUUGACAUCGACCAUUAUGUUACUAUCAGUAUAGUCUAGCGAGACUACUAUCAGUAUAACUGUCCCUCGUCAGCCCAUACAAAUAAAUCCUGUUUUAUAUCAAUGCAUCUUCCUAUCAAGUAGUGGAGUCCGCUCUCUGACAUCCCGUCCAUUGUAAGCUAUCAAGUUUAGAUUUCCAGCGAAGGAAAAAAAGACUUGAUUGUUUAAAAAAAUAAAAUUCCCCCCAUGAAUUCAUGCAACUUAAAUUUGAAUAAUUGUCACUAAUUGGCCCAAGGGGGGUCGCUGCAUCAUUCGUGGGGGACGACUGUUGUUUACUGUUGCCUUGUUGACCUUGGAAAGAGAAAGACAACUAAAGGAAUGUGAAAAUAGAUACCACCAUACAAAGGAUGAUACACUAUAAGGAAUCAGUUACAUUGGUUAGAACAUGUCACAUUUGCAGAUAUCGCGCUGUAUAUGUAAAUGUCUGUUCAUUUACAUUAUUAUAAUAUUAAAAUAAUGAUCUCACUGGCUCUUUCUCUUUCUGUGUGUUGUAACUAGUACUUAAAAUAUUAUCAUUAUUACAUUAUUAUAAUAUUUAAAUAAUGAUCUCUCUGUCUCUCUUGCUUUCUCUCAUUUGCUGUAUCAUAGAGCCUCUAUUUUUUGACUAUGUUAUGCCUAUGUUGUGAGUGUUUUCCUCUCUGUAUUGCAGAAGGACGGUGCCAACUGUCCACACUGUGAGGUCCACAGAGAGCAGGCAGCAAUCGAUUUCUUAACAACAUUUCUAGAAAUUCUGGAGAAUAUCAACAAUCAGGGGUGUCGGGAGCCAGCCAGCCAC